AUGCCAGAAGAGUUCAAGGAGGCAGCCGGGACCCUGCAGGAGCAGAAGAGUCUCAUCACUCAGUUGGAGGAAGAUCUGAGGAAUGUCAACGCUUUGUCUAGUAUGUUCAGGGGAGACGCUGAGGGUGAGCCCGGCCCAGGGGACCCACACAGUGAACUGAUGGCCAACAUUGUCAAGGAGGUCUCAAUGUACCCAGCAGGUGAGUCUAAUAAAUCUGCUGCUGACUCCUUGCUGCCCAUUGUCCAGAGUCAGAGGGAGCGCUAUAGACUCCGAGCACAGGAGCUGGAGGCGCAAACCAUGAGCCAGCAGCAACAGGUGACCCUGCUACAGAAUGAGAUGGACAAGCUGCGCUCAGACAACGUCAAGCUGUAUGAGAAGAUCAGGUUCCUGCAGAGUUAUCCCUCCAAGGUGUCUGCAUCUGAUGACAUCACCAGCGCCUACUCCAGUCAGUACGAGGAGAGACUUGACCCCUUCACAUCUUUCAGCAGGAAGGAACGACACAGACGCUACCUUGAGCUGAAGCCUUAUGACAAGAUCACGCUGAGUAUGGGUCGUCUGAUCAUGGGGAACAAAACAGCCAGGGUGUUUGCUUUCUUCUACACGGUCAUCCUACAUCUCAUGGUCUUCUUGGUCCUGUACAAGCUGGCACACACAGAGUCGUGCAAGAGAGAUGCCCUGGCAGACUGGCACCAGAAGUAUGCGGAGCACAUGAUGAACGUCCACGGCACAGACGAAGCUCUGGAACACGCAGGCCACCAACACAGCUAG